CCCACAACGGAGGGACAUUUACUAACCGCUGAAUUUCGACAUGAACACUUCAUGGGUUGUGUUAAUUUGUCUGUUGCUGUUAGUAGCGUCAAUCGACGCUGGCAAAAAGGGAAAGAACAAAGAGAAGAGACGCAAGCAAAAAGCCGCAAAAUGCGAGACAAUCUCCACUAUGGCAUGUACUCGUAGUGUACCGGACUUGCCUUACAACAAGACGCGGCUACCGAAUAUCAUGGGACACGAAGAUCAGCUCGAAGUUAACGCAGAGAUAGAUCAAUACUGGUCUCUGAUUAAGAUGGGGUGUUCCCCGUACAUUGGUUAUUUUAUCUGUUCUGCAUUUCUUCCUGAGUGUCCAAAGAAAAAGAAGAUGAAGACGAUACCCCCAUGUAGAGAACUUUGCAUUAAGGCAAAAGAAGGAUGUGAUGAAGUGCUACAGUCUCUGGAUUUGGAUUGGCCAGUGGAGUUGUCAUGUGACUUGUUCCCUCGUUACGACGAGAGCAAAAGUAAGAAAAAAGGACGCGCAAACUGUUUCAACUACGAACCAGUGUUGCCAACAAGAAUGAUACCGGCUCCUCGCGUUUUGGAAAAUCCAAUGUCCAUGACGAUUAUGGUGGGUGAAAUACUUGAGUUGUCUUGCCGCGCUGAAGGCGAACCACCAUUACAGUUUGCGUGGAGUAAGUUAGAGGGCGCUAUUCCAGCAGACAGGAGUCUAAUCAGCACCCAAGUGAUAACUCUUACGCAACCUGAUUCGACCAAAAGCACUUUGAGGAUUCUUGACGCUGAGGGCGAUGAUAGUGGCACGUAUAUAUGUAUGGUAUCCAACCUUGGCGGCACAAUUGAAGUCAAUUCAAGAAUUGACGUACAAAUGCCCCCCUCGUUUUCACGGAGACCGCAAGAUACAGUCGUUAAUGAAGGAAAUACAGCUAGACUGCAAUGUGAAGCUCAUGGUUAUCCAGAUCCCCAUAUCACAUGGUUUAAAGUUCAUGAUGUUUUAAAACCAGCUAGGGGGUCCAUGAUGGAUGACAUAUUAUUUAUUGCGGACGUUGGCGCCGAUGAUGCUGGUACUUAUCUUUGUGUUGCAACGAACAGUGCGGGUUAUCUUAAUGUUACCGCUAGUUUAGAAGUUUUGACUAUGCCUCGUAUCGAAAACGUGCCUGACGACAUGACAGCGGAAGAAGGAGGAGAAGUGACUUUCCACUGCGCGGCGUCAGCCAUUCCGAAACCAGUUAUUGAGUGGACAAAAUCUCGCGGAGAACUGCCAAGUGACAGAACAAAUAUCACCGUGAAUGAAAAUGGUACAACAUUGCGCUUAUUUAAUAUACAAACGUAUGACGUUGGUAUCUACACGUGUACUGCCAGCAACGUUGUUGGGAGUGUGACAGCUAAUAUUCUGUUCGAAGUACAAGUAAAACCAUCGAUCCAUUCCAUUGAACCUCUCCGCUAUGUUGCUGAAAUUGGAGAAGAUGCAAUAUUUAUGUGUAAAUUUUCUGGACAUCCCACACCAUCGGUACUGUGGUAUCGAAAAGGCACAGAGAAUUUGCUCUUCCCGGGAGGUGGAUCGAUGGAUAGAUUCCAAGUGACAGUUGAUGGUAUGUUAAUAAUAGACUCCGUUAAGAAAGAAGACGAAGGUGAUUAUGUAUGCAGUGUAAUGAACACAGCUGGCAAUGACAAAUCAGAAAGUUACCUAGAAGUUAUUCCUACUGGUACAAAAUCUGUUCGGGAGCUUCCGUCCGUUGAAACCACAGUAAUGGCCGAAAGUAACGUGACGUUGGCUUGUCGUGCAAUCGGAGAUUCCCAGUACACAGUGCAAUGGGUGUUCAAUCAGAAACCUCUCACCCUUGGAGAAGAAGUAACGCAUUACUCACUUGAUGAUUCUGGUAGCCUGGUUAUUAAAAACAUCACCACCAACGAAAGAGGUACCUAUACAUGUAUAUCUGCGCAUGUAUGGGGUAGCCGCUAUGCUGCGACCGUUGUCAUGGUGCUGGCUCCAACGACUGAGCCAACUACAACUGAUUUCACGACGACAACAACAAAGCUAGACGAGACCACUAUCAUGGAAGUAACAACUGCUCAGCAGCAAUCUGUUGACUUGACGUCGAUAUCAGCGACAACAGUGAUAGAAACAAGUGAGGAGACACCCAAACUAUGUCCGCCAUGUCAAGCGGGCACCGUGAAACCACGUCGCUAUGAUAUAUUGGAUGCGGGUUUGGAAGGAUACUUCAGAGGAUGGGUAGACGUCCAAGGACAGGGAGCUGCCAAUGACUACUGCAGGAUAAUUGCAGCGGGCGAAGUGGGGUUUCAAUUAGCAUGUGCGUUGGCUGGUACCAUGGGAGAUAAUGAAUAUAAUUAUAUAUCCACGGCGGACUUGGAGGUUGGAUAUGAAGGCACCUGGUACAUGAAAGACGAGAACGGAGACGGUAAAGAUGACUACUGCAGGUGUGUCGGUGAGGGCGGCAAAGCCUACGUCUGGUGCAUGGAAGCUGGAGGUGACGGGUUUCAUGGCAGCGAUCCUAAUAACGCCACAACCGGAAGUCAGUACUCUUUCAAGGCACCCGGAAAACGAAAGGAUUUAAAACAAUGCGCAGAUAGAACAGUAGACCCGUUUCUGGGAAUGACUGAUAAAUAAAUUCCCCCAUUAUUUAUUUAAUGUUAAAUAUUUCAUGAAAUGCUGGACGCUGAUGGUCGGUGAUGGCUGGGCUCACCAGAAUUGUUCAUACAAUUGAAGAUAACUAGUGGAACUUCUAUAUCAGAUUUUUUCAGACAUCAUUAGACAUUUUAAAUUGUAGUAAUCAAAUAAAAUUUACUACAUGAGUUUAAUCAAUCUGAUACCAGAGGUGGCGGAUUUUAAGUCACUCACACCUUUUGUAUUAUUUUUAAUUUGUAUCCCUAUAUUUGCUCGUCGCCGAAAUAAUAAUCAUGUCCAGAAUUUGCAUACUAUGAAUUUGGAGAAAAAAAAACAGAAUUUGCUCACUCCCAAAACAUUUCAUUUUAUACUGAACUGUUUUCCGUGAAAAUAAUAAAACUGAGCGUUACUUUGUGUUUUA